GUAACAAUUCUGUGUCCCUCAGUAACAAUUCUGUGUCCCUCAGUAACAAUUCUGUGUCUGUCCCUGAGUAACAAUUCUGUGUCCCUGUAUAACAGUUCUGUGUCCCUGAGUAACAAUUCUGUGUCCCUGAGUAACAGUUCUGUGUCCCUGAGUAACAAUUCUGUGUCUGUCCCUGAGGUAACAAUUCUGUGUCCCUGAGUAACAGUUCUGUGUCCCUGAGUAACAAUUUCUGUUGUCCCUGAGUAACAGUUCUGUGUCCCUGAGUAAACAGGUCUGUGUCGCCUGAGUAACAAUUCUGUGUCCCUGAGUAACAAUUCUGUGUCCCUCAGUAACAAUUUCUGUGUCCCUCAGUAACAAUUCUGUGUCCCUGAGUAACAUUUCUGUGUCCCUCAGAGUAACAGUUCUGUGUCCCUCAGUAACAAUUUCUGUGUCCCUCAGUAACAAUUC